CCCUUUCUCCACCAGCAGGGACAGCACCCCACAAGCUUGCCCUUCCACAUUUCUCUCCCACAGGUGUCUCUGCGCGGGCCACGCAUGGACAGCCCCUGGAAUGCCACCGUGCCCUGUGGCUUUCUGCUCCAAGGCUUCUCUGAGUUCCCGCACCUGAGGCCCACACUCUUCCUGCUGCUGCUGGCCGUGCACCUGGCCACCCUGAGUGGGAACCUGCUCAUCCUGGUGGCCGUGGCCUCCAUGCCCAGCCGGCCGCCCAUGCUGCUCUUCCUAUCCCAGCUGUCAGCCAUCGAGCUCUGCUACACGCUGGUGGUGGUGCCCCGCUCCCUGGCUGACCUGGCUGCACCCAGCCUUGGCCGGGGCAGCCCCAUCUCUUUCCUGGGCUGCGCUGUUCAGAUGCAGAUGUUCGUGGCGCUGGGCGGGGCCGAGUGCUUCCUGUUAGCCGCCAUGGCCUAUGACCGCUACGUGGCCAUCUGCCACCCGCUGCGCUAUGCCGCUGUGGUGACCCCCGGGCUGUGCGCACGGCUGGCCCUGGCCUGCUGCCUCGGGGGACUGACAGUGUCCCUGGGGCUCACGGUGGCGGUCUUCCACCUGCCUUUCUGUGGCUCCCGGCUGCUGGUGCAUUUCUUCUGCGACAUCACGGCGCUGCUGCACCUGGCCUGCACGCGGAGCUACGCGGAUGAGCUGCCCCUGCUGGGCGCCUGCCUGCUGCUGCUGCUGCUGCCCUCCCUGCUCAUCCUGGCCUCCUACGGAGCCAUCGCCGCCACCCUGCGCCGCCUGCGCUCCCCCUGGGGCCGGCGCAAGGCCGCCUCCACCUGCACCUCGCACCUGGCCGUCACCUUCCUGCACUAUGGCUGCGCCACCUUCAUGUAUGUGCGGCCCAAGGCCAGCCACUCCCCGCGGUGGGACCGCACAGUGGCGCUGGUCUACACCACCGUCACGCCGCUGCUCUACCCGCUGGUCUACAGCCUGCGCAACUGCGAGAUCAGGGCCGCCAUCCGCGGGGUGCAGGGCCGGUGGUGCCCAGGCCAGCCCCGGGGUCAGGGUCUGUAGGCACCCGGAGCAGGCA